AAAAAUAAAAAUAUUUGGGGAGGGAAAAAAUUUCGUUUAAAUUUUGUAAAAUAAACAAAAAAAAUAUAAUUCAUUUUCAUAGAUUCCGAGAUAAAUUUAUUUAGGAUAUGAAACAAGAAUGGAAAAAAAAAAAAAUAAUAAUAUAAGAAAUACAAUUUUUUGUGUGUGCUUGUUGUCUUCUGCUUGUUGUUUGGAAGUUCUCGAAUCCCGAUUGAAUCCUAAACCAUAACACAGGCAUUUAGUUUUGAGGCAAAAUGACGUUGGAGCAGACUACUUGUGAAGAUUUAAAAGCAUUUGAAAGAAGGCUUGUAGAAGUUAUUGCCUACUAUCAACCACAAACAAAACGUUGGCGAGUUAUGUUUGCAGUUGUUUCAUUAUGUACUGCAAUUGGUGCUUGGCAGUGGUUAACAGAUCCAUUGACUUCCCAAGUUGGUUUCAUUCAAUCAUUAGUUAAUCAUCUUUUUUUCACAAUCAGCAGUGCUAUUUUAAUCACACUAUUCUUUAUGGGCAUACAUCGGAGAGUUGUGGCUCCAUCUAUUAUCGUAUCCAGAGUGCGGCAGGUCUUAGCAGACUUUAAUAUGUCUUGUGAUGAUAAUGGAAGACUGAUUCUAAAACCAAGGCCAACCACAUGACCAGAACUAAAUCCGUUCAGUUCCUCUGAGUGGUAAUUUUGUGAUUGAAUGGAGUGUUUGAAAAUUUGCAGUUAUGUGAUUAUGAAUGUUUUGUAAAUAUUAAGUACUUUUUACAAUAAAAUUUGUUAUUUUGGAA